UUUUUUUUUGGGUUUCAUUUCCUAUUUUCUGUAGUUGGGUGAUGAAGACAGUUUUGUUUUGAAGAUUUAUUAUUUAUUGGGAGGGAUCCUGUGAUAAGAUUUGGCAAUGAUGUUAAUGAUCAUGGAGAAGAAAUGGAUAUUUCCUUUUGUGAUUACUUCCAUUGUAUGCAUCUUUUUCCUCGUUUCCUCCUUCAACAUGGGGCUUGUUUCUUCAGUUCAUAAUAUCAAUUCAAUCUUCUCCAUUUUCCCAAUGGGUCAAAGAAAGCCAGGCUAUGUUGAAUCCAAGAUCGAGUCCGGUUCCCCGCUGCCACCGUCCGGUCCGCCGAUACCCCGAUUCGCUUAUUUGAUAUCGGGAUCAAAGGGUGAUAUUGAAAAGCUUUGGAGAGUUCUCCAUGCAUUGUAUCAUCCAAGGAAUCAAUAUGUGGUUCAUUUGGACCUUGAGUCCCCUGCGGAAGAAAGAUUGACAUUGGCUUCAAGGACUAAAAACAAUACAAUGUUCUCCAAAAUGGGGAAUGUUUAUAUGAUCACCAAGGCUAACAUGGUUACUUAUAGAGGUCCAACAAUGGUGGCUAAUACCCUCCAUGCUUGUGCCAUUCUUCUCAAGAGAAAUAAAGAUUGGGAUUGGUUUAUCAAUCUCAGUGCAUCGGAUUAUCCUCUUGUGACUCAAGAUGAUCUUCUUUACGCAUUUUCGGCGUUAAACCGGGACCUUAAUUUCAUCGAACACACAAGCGAGCUUGGUUGGAAACUGGACAAAAGAGCAAUGCCUUUGAUUAUAGAUCCGGGACUCUAUCUGUCAACCAAGACUGAAGUAGUUUGGGCUUCACAGAAAAGAAAAUUACCUACAGCAUUUAAAUUGUUUACUGGUUCAGCAUGGACAGUUUUGUCGCGUCCAUUUAUCGAGUUCAUUAUUAUGGGAUGGGACAAUCUACCCAGAACUCUUCUCAUGUACUACACAAACUUCAUCUCCUCCCCUGAAGGUUACUUUCAGACGGUUGUAUGCAAUGUUCCGGAAUUCGCCAAGACUGUUGUCAAUCAUGAUAUGCAUUUUAUUAAAUGGGACAAUCCUCCGAAACAGCAUCCUCAUAUCCUUUCCCUUAACGAACUGGGCAAGAUGAUUAUGAGCAACGCUGCAUUCGCUCGCAAGUUCAACCAAGAUGAUCCUGUGUUGGAUAAGAUCGAUGCCGAUUUGCUUGGCCGUGUUAACGUGAGCUUCACACCAGGUGCUUGGUGCUCUGGGAAACUGAAAUGUUCAGAGGUUGGGAACAUUAACAAGAUCAAGCCAGGGCCGGGAGCUCAAAGGCUUCGUCAUCUCUUAGAUAGGUUAGCUAUGAAAGCUUAUCUUGGCCAAGAUCAAUGUAGAUAAGUUUCAUGAUGGGGAAGUUCAAUUAGGCAAGACAUAGCUGUGAACUUGGUACUCAAUUUUGACACCCCAACCCCU